AUGGAUGAUGAAUUAAUAAAGGAAUUUUAUGGAUUACCAUUUGGAACACUUGGGUUAAUCAUUUGGACUUUUUCGUUUUACGCCAAUUUUUUACUAUACUGUAAUAUUCCACCGAUCUCGGUUUGGCUUUGGGGGAAACCUUAUAAAUCCCAAUCUUUAUUCCCCGCAUUUUUCGCAUUCGUUUUUAUUGCUGGACCGACCGCUUACACAUGUUACGCUUGUCGUCAAGAAUGGAGAUUAAUAAUUUUAGCUAUUGGACAAAUCUCUCCAUGGGCUUUCAAAACUCGUGAAAAAUUUUAUAGAGCAUGUGGAGGUUUGCUAUCAAUUUUAACAGGUCUUUGUGGUUGGGUCGGUUUUUCAGUAUUGAUUCAUGAGGUGAGGAAUACGGAACGUGCGGUUAAUCCCAAAAUUCUCAGUCUGUUUCAAUGCCUUGCUACAAUAACCCAUCUCAUAGGAUCAAAUAUUAUUCUUGCUGAAAUUACUGAAAUUGAGUUUGGGAUUGAGAAAGCAUAUGAAAAUAAUGUUGGUACGAUCGACCCGUUUUGGUUAAAAAUUAUGUACGCUCUUGGAACGUGUCUAUCAUUUGUAAAUUUCUAG